CAGAGCACCUCAGUCGGUGCGCGCGGUGUGUGUGUACGAAGAUACGUGUGUUCUCUGCUCCUACCAUGCCGGUAGCCUAUCUCACGACGCUCCGACAGACAACAGUGGUUCAAUGCGCGUCUCUGGCAAAAAUUACAGUUUGACCUGCAACCGGGAGAAAAAAGACUUUGUUCUUCAAUUUAAGAGCAGACAUAGGUAGUCAAAGAUGCGAGGCGGGUUCCUUGUCCUGCUGCAGUUAUGCGCGGCGAGUGUCUCCACUUCGCCGUACAGUCACUUUUCUACAGAAGAUGAAGAAUUCCACAGUUUAUUGUCCCGCGGAAAGCGGCAAGAAACGGCAGAGAUCUGCGAUUUUGGUUCCGACACCGAUUUAGUGACGUGCGAUUGGAGCAACCGCAAUGGCACCCAUAUGCGAUGGGAUGCUGGAGCUGGAUCCCUUUCAAACUGGCUCGGUGGACCACCAAAGGACGCUAGCCCGAAUGAUGAUUCGCAGAGAGGUGGUUACGUCUACUACGAGACGUCCUUCCUCCCGACGCCGCACACCACGAAAAAGGGCCAGCACGCGUACAUUGAGAGCUCGACUAUGGGCACCACUGGACCCGAGGGCAAGUGCGUGGGAUUCAGCUUCUCGAUGAGUGGGCUGAGCGCGACGGGCCUGCGGGUGAUCCUGAAGCCACGCAACAGCAACGCCGACGAGGACGAUGACAUGGAACGCGUCCUCUGGAGCAACAAAGACCCGACCGGCGGCCAGUGGAGGCAGGCCGACGUGCUCUACACCUACAACAAGGAGCAUCAGGUGGUGUUCGAGGGCAUCGCCAAGAGCACCAGCGACCCUCUGCGCCGCUACCGUGGCCAUGUGGCCGUCGACAACGUCGCCCUCAAGCCGGGCACCGACUGCCGCGGUCACUGCACCUUUGAAGGUGGAUUUUGCGCGUGGACUAAUGAUGAGGAUGAUGACUUCGACUGGUCCUUGGGUAGAGGCAGUACAAACCCUUCAACUGGUCCUGCUAUGGACUGCACAAGCUAUUUUCACGGCGGCAUGGAGGGAGGAUAUGGGUACAUCGACUCGUCAUACCCUCGCAGGCCAGGAGACGUUGCUAGGUUGUCAAGCCCUGAGAUGGACGCUACAGGUGUUGAUACACCACUUUGUCUGAGUUUUUGGACGCACAUGUACGGCAAUGGGAUCGGCACACUGACCAUCCUUUUGAUGGACGUGCGCGAGGGUAACGAACGGGACAUCUGGACGCUUUCCGGAGAGCAGGGCAACGCGUGGUACCAAGCCGAGGUGCCCGUUUCCUCACCAAACCCCUUCAAGAUUGUAAUUGUCGGGAAAGUUGGCAAAAAUAUCAUGGGUGACAUUGCUGUGGACGACCUGGCCUUCCGCGUUGGCAGCUGCCCAACGGCCCCUCAAAUCGCAGCCCCAAUGCCCGGAGAUUGCACCUUCGAGGUGGACGAGUGUGGCUGGGCCAACGUGCCAUCCAGGGAGCGCAUGGACGACAUCGACUGGGAGCGGGUAUCCGGCGUAACCGGCGCCGAAGGCCGGCCGCAGCUUCAGACCUUCGACCACACCCUGUCUACGGACAAAGGAUUCUACAUGACGCUGGCCAGGAGCAGCAACGUGCAGAGACCUGCCAGCAGGGCUUGGUUCACGUCGAGGGAAUUUCCAGGCAGCGCCAACCCACACUGCGUAUCCUUUUGGUUCGUUUUGAACGAGCCGUUCAUAGGCAACUCAGGGCCGAGUUUAGGCGCCCUUUCUGUAUACACGAAGGUGAUCGAACCUGACGGAAACGUAAUCAGGAAGCCAGUCUGGAAGUUGUACAACCACCAAGGUCCCGAGUGGCACUACGCACAAGCUCUAAUUCAAGAGGAAAAAGUUUUUACAAUAUUCUUUGAAGGAAUUUGGGGCUCAAGUCUGGCGAACGGCCUCAUCGGCUUUGAUGAUAUCACCCUUUUUGACGGAAGCUGCUCAACUGUGCCAGCAAGUGCGACCGUCCACGCGGGCGACUGCCGCUUCGAGCGCGACAUUUGCAGCUGGAUCAAUUCCACGGCGAGCAACACUUUCUGGAAGUUGGCCACCGUCGCCAGUCGGCCCGCAAACCUCCCGGACAAAACUUAUAACGCUCCAGAGGGCUACAUUUACUUUGACUUGUUCAACUCUGGCAGCAGCGUCGUGCGUUUGACCUCGCCGCACAUGGCUGCCACUGAGGACCGACAGCUGUGCUUCGCUUUUUGGUUUACAGCAUUCGGCUCUGGCGAAUCGGCUGAGUUGCAUGUUGUCCGCGUAGACAACACAACCGACGAUGAAAACCGAAAGCUUUGGUCGCUGGAAGCCCGCAACAUGGACACAUCCAAUCCGACUUGGCAGCCGGCACAAGUGGCGAUAGACGCUGGCACGGAUUUCCGCAUCGUGCUGGAGGGCAGAGCAACCAACGGUGGAUUCGCCAUUGACGACAUUUCUUUCACGACUGGAGCGUGCUCAACGCGGCCAGAUAAGGCAACGCCCAAGGAAGCUGAAGAAGAAGAUGGUUGAUGUUGUCUCUUAAUCAGCACUUUUCGGACGCAACUUGAAUUUAAAUAUGUAUACUUCUUGAGUAUAAUGAUUGAUAUUAAAUUAAAGGUUUAUUGACGAA